GCGAGGAGCCGGCUCCCCAGCCGCUCCGCGCCGCGCCCCGCCGCGCAGAUCUGCGGCCGUGGUCAACCCUCCCCGCCAUCCGGAUUCUGCCGCGCCCUAAGUCCCGCAGCAGGAGCCGAGACCCGCCAGCCCGGUGCCCGCUAGACUGCUAGGUGAGACUUGCAGGUGCCAGAGGGGACGUGCUGAUGGACGUCCAGCCUGCCCUCCUGCCCGGCCCUAUCUUCCCCGGGGGAGGCUCAGAGGUAUCCUGCUCCACCUUCAGGGAACUGGCAGGCUGCCGGCUCCCGGCUGCACAGACACGGCCCUUCCUGUUCCCACCCCUCCCGGCACAGCGCUGAGAGGCCCCUGGCAGUCCUGCUGCUGGCUCGGGUUCUGGGCGGGAAGGCUAGACCCCGAAGGAGAUUGGGUGGCCAAGAAGGAACCCCUGGGGUCUUGGAGGCAUCUGCUCAGUGAACAGCACUAGGCCCUGAGGGAGGGGAGGAGCCCCGAGGCCCAGGCUCUGCAGCCCUCCACACCUGAAGACACUGUGAGCCAUCUGCUCGGGCUCCACCCUGACCCAGCAGGCAGCCCAACCCGUGGAACCUGCUGGUUCUCCACCCGCACUGGCUCCCAGGAGGCUGGGUCAGCCUGGGCGGCGGGAAGGGCAGAGGGUGCAGAGUGUUUUCCUCAGAGCUGACGGACUUUGUGGGUGGAAGACAGAACCGGUGUGGAGAUCCAGCUGUCCUGUUCCUGUCAGCCUCUCAGGUCGGGAGGCCAGACAGGGCUCCCAGCAUCAAGGGGCACAGGAACCUCCAGCCCCUGGUGGGGUGAGUGUUCGUCCUGGACAUAGGUGAGACGCAGUCAGGUACCCAGAGCCCAUGAAGCACCCCCACAGGUUUGCCAUGAGCCCCAGGCCCUUGGGGCACCCAGGAAGGUGGGUGCUGGGGUGAUUGGAGGCAGACCAAGGUGUGGACACUGGGAUGUCUGUGGAGUGACCUCAGAGACACAAGCAGAAUCCAGAGCCUGUUCCCACCUUGAGAACUUGAUCCUGGACCAUUUCCAGAAUGUUCCCUGGAGUGUUCCUUUGGGGAGGGCCUGUGGCAGUCUUCUGAAUGUGGUAAGACCUUUAGCCGAGCCACCCUUCUGUAUGGAAUGUGUGUAGGUCCAACAGCAGGAGGAAAGAUGGGUGUCCACCUGUGCAGCAGAUGCUGGCCCCACAGCCUGUACCCUGGCCUUAGAGUACAGCCACAAGCAAGGAAGAGAAGUCUAGUCUGCCCAGCCACCCUCCCACCUGCUCUGGCGCUCCUAUCUCUGUUUUCCCCAGUAUCUGUCUCCUCGUCUGCUGUGUCAGAAGUGCCUACUGUCUCAGAGUCCGAGUUUCUCUUAGGAUCUACACUCCUCAUCAGAAUGUUGCCUUCACAGGGGGCUUCAGGUGCAACCAUGCUGAGAAAUGAGCUACAGAGAGAGCUGACCCAGCAGAGGACCCACAAGCUCUGUGUGGAACUGUUUUAGUUCGUGUUAGAAAAUGGAUGGCUUGGAGGCGGAGUUCAACCUGAACGUUGUGCUGGUCAGCUUCCAGCAAUGUCUCGGCGAGGAGGAAGAAGUACUGCUGGACCACUACAUCGCCGGCUGGAAGGGGCUGGUCAGGUUUCUGAAUAGCCUAGGCACCGUCUUCUCCUUCAUCUCAAAGGAUGUGGUCUCCAAGCUGCAGAUUAUGGAGCGUCUACGCAGCAGCCCCCAACAUGAGCACUACGUGAGCCUGCAGUCCAUGGUGGCCUACGAGGUGGGCAAUAAGCUGGUGGACCUCGAUCGCCGCUCCCGCCACCCAACCUCAGGCUGCCGGACCUUGCUGCGCCUGCACCGAGCUCUGCGCUGGCUACAACUGUUCCUGGAGGGCCUGCGCACCAGCCCUGAGGACGCGCGCACCUCCGCACUCUGUACCGACUCCUACAAUGCCUCUCUGGCCGCCUACCACCCCUGGAUUGUGCGCCAGGCAGUCACCGUGGCCUUCUGCACCCUGCCCACACGCAAGAUCUUCCUUGAGGCCAUGAACGUGGGGUCCCCGGAGCACGCUGUGGAGAUGCUGGGCGAAGCCCUGCCCUUCAUCGAGCGUGUGUACGAUGUCUCCCAGAAAGUCUAUGCAGAACACUCCCUGUUGGACUUGCCAUAGUGGCCACUCCCAGGCUGGGUGGGCUUCCCCUGCUGGAGAGCUGGACUUGGGCAGCCAGGGCCCAGGCACUCCACAACAAAGCUUUCUGGGUGCCACCCUCACCCCUGCAAGCUGAGCUUAUUGAGAGCCAUCAGCUGACAGGAAAGGCAGGCAGCUGGCCUAGGAGAGGUGGCACAAGCCCUCCUCUUGGCCCAGAAUGAGACCCUCCUCAGUUACAAGAGUGCUCAGUCGAGCCUCACUGAGGUGUGGAGACUGGAGGUGGUGGGGGCGCAUAAUCCUGCAUGAGCAACAGCCUGGUGACUGCCCUACUGCUAUGUGUGGAUUCUGUGAAAUGGUGUGAGGACACAGGUCCCUGGGCACCAAGGCUCUGUGCUGCUCCGGCCAGUAUGCCCAGUCCACAUGUAUACUUCCCAUGCUUGUCCUAGGCCAGGCCUCGGACACAGCAGGCCAAGCUGCCCGAGUCCUCUCCAUACCCUGGCUGGCUAUCCCGAGGCAGAAUGAGAACCUUGGGCAGGGUCUGGGCACUGAGGACUCUCCCAGUCCUUUACCUGCCUCCUGUUAGCCUGUCUGCGUGCUGAGCAAACCAGAGCCUUCACGUCCUUGGCACUGGCACCUGGAAGCUGAAGUCUUGAGCCGAAAGACCUUCCCAGCUAUCUAAAUAGCUCCUGCAAGGAGGGCUUGAGCUCCCCGGAGGGACCCAGGUGGAUGUCUCCUGCAGAGAUACCAUUGCAGGCCACCGCAGCAUGGCCCAACACCACUGGGUGGAGCCAGGCACUCCCUCUGCCCCUGCUCUGCCGCCUUUCCCCACAGUGCUCAGGAGAUGCGGGGGUGCUCAGACUAGGAGGGGGCUGGACCCCCUUAACUAGCUGACAGUUAUCAGAUGGCCACACCAUCCAGCCAUCAUGCAAUGCUUAGGGGCCUGGUCACUCCCACUGCUCUUCACCAACCCACAGGGACAGUGUUCGCAGUACAGCAGAUGUGCGUGAAUGCAGCUUCCAGGGUGUGCUUGGCCCUUUGGAAAGUGACAUGGGUGAUAUUGUCCAACAUAAUAAACAAUGCUCAUGGGACUAGU